AUGAUUGUGGACUUCAGGAAGAGCACUGUCCCCCCGCCCCCACCCUCCGUGAUGGACUCCCCCAUCACCUCUGUGGAGUCCUUCCGUUUCCUGGGCACCACCAUCACCCAGGACCUCAAGUGGGAGCCGACCAUCAGCUCUCUCAUCAAGAAGGCCCAGCAGAGGAUGUACUUCCUGCGGCAGCUCAGGAAAGCCAAGCUGCCUGCACAGAUGUUGGUGCAGUUCUACACGGCCAUCAUCGAGUCCAUCCUCACCUCCUCCAUCACCGUGUGGUUCGCUGGAGCCACAGUCAGGGACAAACAGAGACUACAGCGCAUUGUGCGCUCUGCAGAGGAAGUGAUCGGCCGCAGCCUUCCAUCGCUGCAGGACCUCAUCAGCUCAGAAGCACAGAGCGUUCCCUGGAGACGUGACGAUGCUGCAGGGGACGUGCGGCUCUCACAAGGGCCCUACGCUGUGGAAGUGUGCCCAGAAGAGCUGCUGUUCUCUGGCAUCAGCUCAGAAGCACAGAGCGUUCCCUGGAGACGUGACGAUGCUGCAGGGGACGUGCGGCUCUCACAAGGGCCCUACGCUGUGGAAGUGUGCCCAGAAGAGCUGCUGUUCUCUGGCAUCAGCUCAGAAGCACAGAGCGUUCCCUGGAGACGUGACGAUGCUGCAGGGGACGUGCGGCUCUCACAAGGGCCCUACGCUGUGGAAGUGUGCCCAGAAGAGCUGCUGUUCUCUGGGUAA